AGCACUUUAGUCAGUCGUUCGAGUUGCUUCACAGCGAUCGGACAUACCCUGCAGAUCAGUCUGCAAGUUUAAAAUCUUUCUACUUUGUCUCAAUAAAUCAGAUUUCUUGUGAGUUUUCCGGUUUUGAUUGGUUUUUCCCCUGCAACGGCCAUCCUGACUGUUUUUACUUUCAGGACCUAAAAAGGUCAAAAAAUGCAACACCUAAGGCUGACUCUUGUGCUCGUGACCACGCUCGCCGUGGGGCUGAAAGCACAGAGCGACACUGGAAGCCUCGAUGACCUCAUCAACCAGAUCUUCACGUCAACGCCGGGGAUCGGUGGAAAGGAUCCAGUGGUCACUCCUGCACCCCCAACGCAGCGUCCCCCAACCCAGCGUCCUGCCACAAUUCCACCUAUUCCAUCAGAGAAACCAAUUCAGACUUGCGAUGGAGGUGAAUGCGUGCCAUACUAUCGAUGCUCCCAGGAUGGCAAUAUCAUUACAACUGGUGAUGGUUUGUUGGAUAUUAGGAUUGAUGUUGAGGACGAACCACGCCCGUGUCCAGAUUAUUUCGAAAAAUGCUGUGCUUUAAAGGAUAAGCAAGUGAAACCCAUUCUCCCACCCGUGCAGAUCCGUGAAGGAUGUGGCAAUCGGAAUCAAGAUGGAAUAGGCUUCCGUAUCACCGGUGACAAGGAUAAUGAGGCGCAAUUUGGCGAGUUCCCGUGGAUGAUCGCGAUUCUCAAGGAGGAACAAGCUAUUUCGCAAACCCUCAAUGUCUAUCAGUGCGGCGGCAGUCUUAUCCAUCCCCAAGUUGUUCUUACGGCUGCUCACUGUGUCGAUGGGAAGCAACCCAAUGUCCUGAAGGUUCGUGCUGGAGAAUGGGAUACGCAGACAAAGAAUGAAAUUUACGCACAUCAGGAUCGCGAAGUUGAGAGCUUUAUCAUCCAUCAGGACUACUACAAGGGUGCACUGUUCAAUGAUAUUGCCCUCCUGUUCCUCAAGACGCCUCUUGAUCUUGCUGAAAAUGUUCAGACGGUCUGCUUGCCGCCACAGGACUUUAAUUUCGACACAUCACGUUGCUAUGCUUCUGGAUGGGGUAAGGAUGUCUUCGGCAAGGAAGGCAAGUACCAGGUGAUCCUCAAGAAGAUCGAUCUACCCAUUGUACCCCAUGAACCGUGCCAGAGUGCUCUGCGUACAACACGCCUUGGGCGCUUCUUUGAACUUCACGACAGCUUCAUCUGCGCCGGUGGGGAACCAAUGAAGGACACAUGCAAAGGUGAUGGAGGUUCUCCACUUGCAUGCCCCUCUGGACCAGCAUCAACACGCUACUACCAAGCUGGUAUUGUGGCAUGGGGUAUUGGAUGUGGUGAGAAGCAAAUUCCAGGUGUCUACGUGAAUGUUGCACACUUCCGCAAUUGGAUCGAUGAACAAAUGAACCUCAAGAGAUUCGGCACUAAGUCCUAUACUCUAUCACUCCGUGCGUGUCUUUUGGUGCUCCUUGUUGGCAGUGGGUGUUGCCAGGACUCCCUCAAUGAUCGCGUUCAGUCAGUUUUUGGUACUGGAGGAACACCAGGAAGACCGGCAAGUCCCGGAAAUGCCACCAGCACAUUAAGUCAAACAGGCGGAUUUGGUGAAAUUGUUACACCUGAACCCAUAGUUGAGUUAGAGGAACCUUCACCUGGGAUGACACUGAAAAUCCUGACCAAACCACUUCUGGUCGGUUUGAAUCUCAUUGUAGUUCAUCCCAGGGUGCUUCCGAGGCGUCUUGGGGGUAACAUUACCGGCCACGGACACAGAGUGCUUCUUAAUAGUGAAUAUCAAAAAUCCGUGUUUUGUAUCCCUUGCGGUCCAUUGGGUCAUAUGCUGACCCAAAGCUUUUCCGGAAAAUCCCCAACACAAACGCCACAAAUCCUGACCACAGACAGUGGGGAACAAUGUAAAUGUGUCCCCUACUACCUGUGUGAUCCUACAACCAAAUCAACACGCACAGAUGGACAACUUGAUGGAUUUGGGAUCAUUGACAUCCGUUUUGAUCCACGAACAUGCCAAGAUGUGCUGGAUGUGUGCUGUUUGGAGGGAAAGGAACGCGAAAAACCCAUCGUUGUACCACCAGUUACAACCCAGCCGGAUCGUCCGCGUGGUUGUGGAAUACGGAAUGUUGGAGGGUUGGAUUUUACCCUCAGCGGAAAUACGAAUGAAGCAGGUUUUGGGGAAUUCCCAUGGACAGUUGCUCUAAUUCGCAUCCGGGAUGAUUCUUGCUUGUGCGGUGGAUCGCUGAUUCAUCCGAGAGUCGUUCUCACAGGAAAUCACUGCGUACGCCAAAUUCCAGCCAAUGAUAUCAAGGUUAGAGCUGGAGAAUGGGAUACGCAAACCACGAAGGAACGUCUACCGUAUCAGGAGCGCAAUGUUAUGCAAGCAAUUACCCAUCCCAGCUACAAUGUGAGGACACUGGCUAACAAUAUUGCCCUUCUGGUACUCACAACGCCAUUCACACUGAUGGAUCACAUUAAUCCCAUCUGCUUGCCACAGCAGAACUUCCAAUCAACAAGUGAUUCCUGCUUUGCCAGUGGAUGGGGUAAAGAUGUAUUUGGAAAGGCGGGAAAGUACAGUGUGAUAAUGAAGCGUGUUCAACUCCCAAUGGUACCAUUCAGGCAGUGUGAGACAGCUCUACAGAAAACUCGCUUAGGUCCCUCAUUCCGUUUGGAUUCCACAUUUGUCUGCGCCGGUGGGAUUCCUGGCAUCGAUACGUGUACCGGUGAUGGUGGAGCACCCCUUGUGUGUCCCAUUGGGGCCUCCACAAGCAACAGAUACGUCCAAACAGGCAUUGUUUCCUGGGGUAUUGGAUGCAAAGAAGAUCAUCCGGCUGUUUACACGCACGUAGCACUCUUCCGCAACUGGAUUGACAUGCAAAUGAAUAGUCUGGGACUCGAUACGAGUUCUUAUACACCUCAGUGAUGACACUACAGCAAAAGAUCCUCCAGGAAUUCAUUAAACUCCUCUUCACGGCUCUUGUCCUCCACGGGGACGUCUGUGAGAAGAAAAAAUCAGCAUUUUAAUUUCAUAUAAUAGAAAUAAAAUUAAGUCUUAAGAUA